AUGGCGUCGCUUCCCGAUGCGGACUCAAUAGCAGCUUCUAGCGGGGCCUCAGAAAAGCUCAAUCUUCCAACGCUGCAAUCCAAGAUGAAAUCCGACCCGGAAGGCUAUAUCUCGGAGCUAAGCCUUGUUUACAAUCAAUUCAAGUCAUCUCUUGAGCUCUAUCAGCAGCAAGCCGCUUUGAAUUUCACCUCGAUGAGUGGAGUAGCCGCUGAUAACGCCGUUGCUAAGGAUUUGGGUGAUCGAGCCAUGUUUUUGGCCCACGUUACUCCUUCAUACCCGGAAGAAUUGGUUCAGUUUCCCAAUGAAUUGGUUCAUUUUCUCAAGUCUUCGGCUCAGAACCUUCCAUCGCGUCUUAGGGUGCCUGUGACCCAAGCUCUGAUUCUUCUGGUCAAUCGAAAGAUAAUUGAUAUCGUGGACACACUUGCGGUAUUCAUGGAGCUCCAGACAGUUGGGGAUAGGACGCUAAAAACUCUGGCGUUUUCUCAUGUUAUUCAUAGCAUCAGACGCAUGAACCAGAAGCAUAAGAAUGAUCCUAGAAACAAGGCACUUCAGAGUAUUUUGUUUGAAAUGCUGCAGCAAGAGGAUGAAGCAAAAGCAAAGAGAGCACUUAUGACCUUGUGCGAUCUUCAUCGCAGAAAAGUUUGGUUUGACGAAAGGACAGCAAAUGCUAUAUGCACAGCAUGCUUUCAUGCAUCUCCAAGGAUCAUGAUUGCUGCCUUGUCAUUUCUUCUUGAUUAUGAGAAAAUUGAAGGUGAUGAUGAUACUGAUGAUUCUAGCAGUGAAGACGAGGCAGUGACCCCACAGCCGCAUGUUGUACUGAGUAAAGAAGCUAUCUACAAGGCAAACCACAAAGGCACAACAUCAAGCAAAAAGAAAAAGAAGGCAAAACUGCAGCGCGUUGUACGCAGCAUGAAGAAGCAGCAGCGACUAUCAUCUGAGAACACUAAUUCGAAUUACUACUCACCACUAAAUCAUUUGAAAGACGCGCAGGGCUUUGCCGAGAAACUGUUUUCACACUUGCAAUCCAGCAAGGAACGGUUUGAGGUAAAAAUGAUGAUGCUUAAAGUGAUUGCUCGAACUAUUGGCCUUCACCAAUUGAUUCUAUUAAACUUUUACCCUCACCUUCAGAAAUAUGUCCAGCCACACCAACGUGAUGUGACAAAUCUACUUGCGGCUGCUGUUCAGGCCUGUCAUGACAUGGUACCACCCGAUGCAGUUGAGCCGUUGUUUAGGCAGAUUGUUAACCAAUUUGUUCAUGAUAAAUCACGCCCAGAGGCCAUCACUGUUGGACUCAAUGUAGUACGUGAAAUAUGCUUACGCAUGCCUUUGUUGAUGACUGAAGAUCUGCUGCAAGACCUUGUGUUGUAUAGGAAAUCAAACGAGAAAUCAGUUUCGUCAGCUGCUCGUUCACUUCUUACUUUGUUUAGAGAGGUCUGCCCUUCUUUAUUGGUCAAGAAGGAUAGAGGAAGGCAUGCCGACCCAAAGUCCAGACCCAAAGCCUUUGGUGAGGUGCAUAUUCCUAGCAAUAUCCCAGGUGUUGAGUUAUUGGAACAAGAUGAUGACAUUAAUAAUAGUAGUAGUGAUGAGGAGGACAUAGUGAAUAGGGAUGUUGCCUCCACAGAUGAUGAAAGUGACAAAAGUGUUGGCACUGUUGAAGAGGAUUAUAAUAACAGUGGUGAAAGUGAUGGUGAUUAUGGUCAUUCAAUGGAUGAUGACAGUGCCGAAGAUGAUGAAGUCUCCGAGGAAGACAAUAAAAAUGUUGAUGGUAAUGGUGCAAGUGAAAUAAGUGAUGAUGAAGAGUGUGAGGAAUUAUUAUCAGAUGAAGAGCACGAGGAAUCCAGUUUGAAGAAGGGUGCCGAUGGCAAUGAUGAUAAGUUGAGAGCAAAGAAAAGGAAGCUUUCUGAUUUCCAGGGACAGCUGGAUGCUGCCAAUAACAGUCUUCGUGCUUUGAAGAAAUUAGCUGGAGCAAGCGGGAAUGCCUCAUCCAACAUGGAUGAUGGUAUUCUUUCUAAUGAGGACUUCCAAAAAAUAAAAGAGUUAAAGGCUAAGAAGGCGGCCAAGGUCUCAUUAACCCAGCAUGGUUUCAAGCUUCCGAGCACAAACGAGCUUAGCUUGAAGAAGGUUGAUGCCACCAAACUCGAGGCUCACAUACGGAGGAAGUUGACAAAAGAGGAAAGGUUGGCAGUGAUUAGGGAAAGACGUGAGGAAAGAGGGAAAUAUCAGUCGAAAACUGCAACAAAACAGAAAAAGACUGGUCCUGGUGGUUUAAGUAAUAAGCAGAAAGAACACAAGAAAGCUAUGCCUCUAGCUGCAAAAAGGGCCAAGAUUGCUAAGUCUCGCCAAGAGAAGCAUAAACAAAGCAAACGGUCGGGCAAACAGUUCCGUGGAAGGAAAGCAUGGAAAUGA